AUGUGGCAUGCAGCGAGACAACAAGAAAAGAAGAUCAAAGAGUUGAUGGUGGAUCAUAAAAAAAGAGCAGAACGAAGGAGAGCGUACUAUGAAUCUCGACUUGGUGAUCCUAGUCAACUACUUCGUCUCACUGGUACAGCGACUAAACUUUUUCCUAAUGCGGAGCAACAUUAUUUCUAUGAAAAUUCAGAAAAGUCCCUAAUGCAAUGGCAAGGAGAUGCUGAAACGAGAAUUGAUAGAUUUGAUGGGCGUGCUCUAUUAGAUUACCUGCCACCAAAUGUCCCAAACUUGUCUGUUCUUCCUACAGAUGAAAGAGAUUUACAAGAGGAACUUAACUUUGAAAGAUUUCGUGACUUGGUCGAAAAUGAGCGUCGUAAUGUUUCAGAAGAUAGCUGUCUUGAAGAAAUUGAGGCCGAAUGGACAAGUCUAUUGGAAAGACAUAAAGCAAUGAUCAAAAAAUUACAAGAGAAAUCUGAUACAAAUAAUCAAAGUUUUGGAUAUGAUUAUGGUACAGAGAAGCAGGAUGAAAUCCCUAGUGAUGAAGAAUCACAUCAUCUUGAUGAUAUCCAUUCAUAUAAUGAAGAUAUUUUAGAUUAUGUGGAUGAUUUAACUGAUAAAGAUCGACAUACGUUAAAUAUCAUGGGAAAAAAAUAUCAAAUCCCAGAUUAUACCAGAUUAUUACGUAUCGCAAAACGUGACAGAGAAGAAAAAGCACAAGAAUUUAAAGAAAGUCAAAAGAUCAAAGAACGAAAGUCGCGGCGUCAUACGUCACGAAAAGAGGAACAUGGCGAAAGAACUCACACACAAAAUCGGGAUUCUCCUACAUACGAACCUUACACAGAUUCCGAUUCAUCAACUAGCGUGUCAGAUGAAGAAGAAGUUGGAAAUUUUGUGAUUGAAUUUGGAAAUUCCGAAGAAAAUGCAUUGGAAUCGAGUUCUUCUCGACCACAUUAUUAUCAUAAAGAGGAAGUAUCUCUAACACAGUCGCAAAAAGGAUCAUUGUCAUAUACACGGAAAACUGGAACAUUAUCUAGCCAAAAAGCACCCGUGAUAUCAACCAGCUCACAUAUUAAUACCAACAAUAAGGCUCCUCCAAAAAAAUUGACACCUGCAGAAAAACUACGCUUGAAGCUUCAAAUGGGUUUGAAUAAACAAAUUCAAGUGGAUGAGAAAAAGAAAAUUCAGAAGGAACGUGAGCAGAAGUUUGAACGCUUGGGAAGUGAGGAAAUGGAAAAGCAUUUAAUAAAAUCUGCCAACAAAAGGCUUAAAAG